CGUCAUCGGUGGAGCACCAGGCUAGCUCGGUCCGCUCCAGUCUCGGUCUCGGUCUCCGCAUCGGUUUCGGUAUUGGUCUUGGGCUCGUGAGGUGCUCGAUUCGAACCACACACUCGCCCACACGCGUCCGGCGAAAGAAAAGCCUACAGCAGUCGAUUGUAAAAUGAUCUGGUAGUAAUUUUCCGAAAACCCCAACAAACCAAGGCUCCAGUGAAGGGCCCGAUGGAUUAGUCGGGCUGGCCAAGUGAACUCAAGCUCUCCGACCGAAUCCUCACAUGUUUUCCAAGGCAACGGUUUCUUCUGUAUCUGUUUUCCACUGAAAUCCAACUACCGCCUGCAAUUACGGGUCCGUAAAUCCGUUAAGAGCGAACCUCGAGCAGCGCCACUAGGCACCAGUGAAAAUGAUUGUACGCCGCCGAUCCCGCCGCGCCCGCAUGUGGAACAUGGGGCUGCUCUUCCUAAUAUACUACUGCGUCAGCAUCUACUCAGCCAAGGGGGACACCAAGGAGGGUCAACCCUUGCCCCUGGACGUGGGCAGCCUGGCCGAGGACGCCGGCGACGCGGAGGCCAACGGAGAGGUCAACACAGAGAGCAGCUCCGUGCUGGAAACCACACCGGCUUUUGAGGCCCAAUCGACUACGCAGUCCACCCCAAUACAUGGCGCCGUUCCCACCUGGCGCCCCAAGCGCGACAACUGCACGCCGCCGGCCAUCGAGCAGUUCCCCCAGCCGCUGAUGAACAAGUGGGCGAGACAGCACGGCGGCCUCAUCCUGCACAUCCUGGUGGCCAUCUUCACCUUCUUCGGCCUGGCCAUCGUGUGCGACGAGUACUUCGUGGCCAGUCUGGAUCGGCUGUGCGAGGAGCUAAAGCUUUCGCCGGACGUAGCAGGAGCCACGUUUAUGGCUGCCGGAAGCUCCGCCCCGGAGCUGGCCACCGUGGUAAUAGGAGUGUUCUUCGCCCAGGACGACAUCGGCAUAAGCGGGGUCAUCGGCUCGGCCGUGUUCAACAUCAUGUUCGUGAUCUCCGUCUGCGCCCUGUGCUCGGGCACCGUUUGCCAGCUGAACUGGUGGCCAUUGGUCAGGGACUGCUUCUUCUACUGCGUCUCGAUCCUGGUGAUGCUGAUCAUCAUCUUCAACGACGUCAUAUCCUGCUUCGAGUCCGUGGUGAUGCUCCUGUGCUACGUCGGCUACUGCGUGGCCCUCCACUUCAACACGGAGCUGGAGCGGUGGGCUCUGGGCCUAAACCUGCCCUUCAAGCUGCCCAGCAAGGAGGAGCAGUCGGCGCUAGUGACCUACAAGAACGUGCCGGACAGCUCCUACACCCAGGGAACUGCCGCCCAGGGCCAGCAGCCCGCUAAGGAACCCCCCAGCGAGAGCCGCCAGCCGGAGCCGCAAAGCGACUACCAGAAUUACAGCGACCCCAACGCCAGCUGGGACCCGAACGCCGCCUGGGGAGAGGAAGGCCAGCCGCAGCCGCAGCCGGUGGCCAAGGCCCCGCCGGUCGACGACUGGGGCAUGGGCCAGGUCGGGCAGGAGAACAUGGGCUACCACGCCGAUCAGCCAGAGUCCGUGGUCACCGGGGAGUCGGCGGCGGCAGCAGCGGCGGCGGUCGCCAAGAGCGGAGGCCAGGUGGUGUCCGGCCAGGCCGCCCAGGACUUCUACAAGUCGACGGACAAGCAAAGGGAGGCCCGACGCGACCCCCUCAUCAGACCCACGGAGGGAGGGCUGCCGGCUCUGGUCGCCUGGUACGUGGUCUACCCGAUCCACUUCCUCUGCAAGAAGACGAUGCCCGACUGCCGGCAGGAGCAGUACCGCAACUGGUACCCCUUCACGUUCCUCAUCUCGAUGGUGUGGAUCUCGUUCUACUCCUACUUCAUGGUGUGGAUGAUCACCGUGAUCGGGUCCACGCUGGCCAUACCGGACACCGUGAUGGGACUGACGUUUGUGGCCGCUGGCGUGUCCGUCCCGGAUGCCCUAAGCUCAAUAGCCGUUAUCAAAGAGGGCUUCGGCGACAUGGCCGUGUCAAAUGCGAUUGGCUCGAAUGUCUUUGAUAUACUAGUGUGCUUAGGUCUUCCCUGGUUCAUUCAGACGGCCAUCAUAAAGCCCGGCUCGCACGUCAACGUUAUAUCCAAGGGACUAGCCUACUCCACGCUGUCACUCUUCUCCACCGUGGUCUUUUUGAUCCUGUCGACGCACCUGAACGGCUGGAAGCUCGACAAGCGGCUGGGCAUCAUCCUGAUGGUCUGGUACCUUUUCUUCAUCACGCUGGCGUCGCUCUACGAAUUGAAUGUCUUCGGCUACAUGAACCCACCCGAGUGUCCCAGCACUUACUAAGUUACCGAGGACGUCAGCAACGCACUUAUGCUUUCAUUACCAGCACCAAAUACCAAAUACAUACGUGUAGCGUUGUUCAUAGCCACAGCUAGAAACAAACCGAAACCACUGCAAAAAGUCGUAGGAGGAGCGAUUAGGAGUAAUAUUUUCCUAACGUUGAUUAGAGGGCAAAUUUAAUACUCAAAGCGCGUUUCACAUGGAUUUUUACAUUGCACCAGAAGAAAUAGGAGGCGAUAAACCAAAAAAAAAAAACAUUUAAAUGUACAUGUAUACUAUAUUUACUAAAGUAUAUACUUAAAUGGUAUCUAGGCGGUUAACAAACAAUGUAAGGGUGAUUCUUUCUAAACUGAGAUACUCUUUUUCUUUGCCGGUAGUCACUACCAUUUUUAUUAGGAUUUUCCAGAAUUUGCUGUUGAUAGCCGGUGACCAUCAUUAUCUUCACUAUUUGUAAAGAUCAAAUAAAAUUAAAGAUUAAUGUGCUUAGAAAGAAAGCCUAUAAUUUGGAAAAUUUGUCAAUUGCUCAUACUAUUUUUAUAUAUACCAAAAAGACAAAGUCUUUACUUGCUCAAACUUUUAAAAACUUUAUUUUCCUGAUUCUGGAUUCGCAACAUAUACCACUAACUGUGUUUUUGUGAUCUCUCACUUAAAAUGCAAAGAUUUGUUUUUUUAAUUUUAUUUGUCCUUUGCAACCUCAUAACAAAACUUACUUGGCAUAAUAGGAAUACAAGCAACUCAAUGAUAGAGCACAAGAAAGUGUAUAUGUAAAGUUAUAACUUUCCAAAGAAUUUCUUUUCAAACCAAUUGUAUUUACUUCUUGCCUCAUUAAACGGUAAACCAACCACUAACGGGUUUUCAUUUGAUCAAUAAAAAAUUGGGAAAGUACUUGAAAAUCUAAAGAACUAGAGAAAACAAAUUAAAUGUUCGUAAAAAAUUUUAUGAAGUUUCUCACUUCAGAAAGAAUUAUCAUAUGUAAUAAACGACAAAAUAAUAUUAUGGAAAAAUAAUAACUGUAGAUAGGGAGACAAAUGUAUGUAAUUAAAAACAAUGAAAACAGCAAAAAAAAGCAUUUGUUGCUAUAAUUGUUGUUGUACAAAAAACAAAGCAAAAAUCCUACACCACAAUCAGAUUUAUUUCCGAUCAUUAAUUCAUUUCAGUUGCAUUUACAGUGGCGUAGACAGUAACUCGUUCAGGAAGGGCCUCUCUGAAAUUUUUAUUUCUGUUUUCCCAUGCAUACAAUUUAAUGAAAAGAGCUUUUGUUUUAAAUAAUUUUAGUCUGAUUUCCUAAAAUUUCAUCUAUUGGAAGGGUAUCUGCUUACGUCACUGUGCAUACAUACGUGUAUAUACUUUUGAAUCACAUCGUAUUUAUAGCCCUAAUUUAAACGAAUUCUGUAGGGAAGCUCUGCUUAUACAGACAUACAAAAGUCGUGGAAUUACACUCCAGAUAGGUUUUGACCAAGAGCACGAAUUUUUCGACCAGAAUGUAAGGAGCUAUGAGCUGUGGAACAAGAACAACGAAUUAUGUUAAAUUUUGUAAAAGAAGCUAUGAUUUUUAUUCAAAAUAACACGAGCAAAAUCUUAAUGAACUUAUUUAUUGUUUCAACUUUUUCAAAACAAACAAUUAUUUAAAACAGCACACCAAAAACGUCCUGAGAUUUGUAAGGAUACCAAUUAACUACGAAGUGCAAACAAAAAUUUAGAAAUUUAUCAUGACGGCAAUUACUUGUGUCAAUUUUCUAUUGUAAAUAACAUCCAGGUUAAAAAUAUAAAAUAUUUUAUGGAACGCAAAUGUCAAUUUAAGCUGAAACUCUAUUCAAAACAAACCCUGCACCCGUUCCAGGCUUAAAGAAAAUUUUGGAAAACCAACUUGAUGUUCUUAAACUUUUUUUAAUGGUUUCAACGAAUUAUUUUAGGGUAAUUUCAAAGAUGUCAUUCUGGUUAUUUUCGUCAUUUAUGUUAGGACACCUCCUUUUUCCUGAAAAACCGGUUAUGCUUGAUUUUUAACGGAAAAAUGAAACUUGUACACAAAAAGUACGCUUUAAAUUUCUGCUACUUGACUCUGAUUGGGCGUUUCAAGGCACACGUAAUAUAUCGUUAGCAGGUUGGCAAAAUGCAAUUACACUCUAGCCAUUCCAGCUUCUAAGCUAGGUCUUUUCCCAGGUGACUUAUCUCAUUAGCGGGAACGAUUUCCGGGAUAGUGACGAUGACCCUGGGGGACAGAAACAGACCUUAGCUAAAAGCUGGGUCUAAGACAAAUAGUAUAUAUCCAGUACAUACACCGAGUUACACACAUAUGGCAUAUUGACGGUAAUCAUACUUAUGUAGUGAGCACUGCUAUAUGGAAGCGCUCAAAUUUUAGUCAAAUACUUACAAAAAUAUUUAUACAUAUAUACAAGUUCAGAUACAAGGAUAACGCUUAAUUAUUUUCGAAGGGAUGCAAGUAAGACCAUGUAACGGACUUAAAUAAUUUAUGUAAGUCAACUUCCAAAAACAAAUCAAUAAAAAGCUAAGCAUAGAAAGCUGUAUUUGAAAUAACUGUAGUGCUACUUUCCGGUAUUAUAAGUUACCGUUAUCCAUUAUCAAUUUUUUUGUCUGUCUUUAAUUUAAAAACCACGCGGAAGGCACUCAAGUCCCAAUUUUUCUAAGAUUUUACAAUUCGCUUGGUAAUAAAAAUUUUUCCAUGCGUUGUAGAUUUGAGGAAUUUAGUAUUUUUAUUUGGACAAAAAAAAAUUUAAUUUAUUUUUUUAAAUUUUAAAAUAAAAUUUUAAUUGUAUAGUAUAUAUUGUGUGAAACCACGUAUGUUCGUUAUUUCAAAGAUGUGUAGUUCAAAGAACGUAGUUUCUUAAGUAUCUGAAUAAGAAUACAAAUGAGUUGUGUCAUUAUUGUAAAUACUAGUUUCAAUAAUGUUUUUUAAGAAUAUAUCAUUAAAUCAUGACAAUAAAUUAGCGGAGUUACUAUGUUUGUUAAAUUCGAAUUCAGAAUCGAUUAUUAUGAGAAUCAGGAGUUUUUGGUUGAUGGAAGGUGGCACUACAAAUAUUUUGAACAGAUGCAUACAAACUUACAAUAAACAUUAAUCAAAAUCAAUGUUACACAUUAUAUCGUAUGAACAAUCGCCCGUCGAAAACACCCACUUACUUAAAAACUAACUACUUCUUUAACUGGUUAACACGAGUGGGUUGUUCUUCUAGGCACAACCCAAGUACAAGGUUCUUCCCUACUCGCCCCAAAAGUUUUUCAAAACAGGCCGCAUUAAAUCUGUAACCUUCAAAGUACUUGACAUUCCAUUACAGUACAAUAUACACAGAGAAAAACUAGUUUAAAAAGUUAUGUGUUUGUAUUAACACCUUUAAUUAGUAUUUCGUUUAAAAUAUUUAAUAAAGAUUAACUGUUAAACAUGUCGUUGCUAUUCGAUUAAAAUUAUUUUUAAAGUCAUCCUUAAUCCUUAAUAAAAUAAAGUCAAUAUAUAUUUACUUUUUACUGUAUCUAAUGCAAAAUUGCACAUAUAAAAGAUAUAUAUACAAUUACGCAAGCCACUUAAUUUAUUAAAGAGGAUCUAGAUAACUUGAAGUUUAAGAGCAGGGGUAGACACAAAUCCCUCAAUUGAAAACUUUCCCUAACAACAUGCAUAAUGUACAAUAAUUGUUACAUAAACUUACAUAUUUAAAACUAAAACAUGCUAUACCAAAACAAUACAAUAAAUGUUUACGUCUGAGAUUUGUGUUAAUUAGUCGUAAUCGUUUGCAAAAACUAUAUUAAAACCUACGGAACUAAAUUCUGAAGUGCGUUUAAAAAUUAACUUCGAGGCGACAACUUAUAUCUUUUGGUGACAUCACGAAAACACGAAAAACUAUUACUAAUAUACAAAACUGUUGUUGUUAUGUUUACUCUAAUAAUGAAUUCCGGAAAUAAACGCAUGAUAAUAGACAAACCAAA